AUGCCUUCCUUUACCGAUCUCAAGAGUAAAGCAGUCAAAGCCAAGGAUGCUAGCGUCAGCAAGAUCCAGAAUGUGAAGGACCAUAAUACCAGUGUCUCGAUGAAGAAGACGAAUUGGAAUCCAUACAAUGGGGAAGGCCCUCGUCCUCCUCCACCCCUACGAGUUGCGCCGAAACCAGACCUUCCUCCCUUCCUUCCACCUCCACGAAGAACAUCCUCAAAUGCAUCGACCGGUUCAGGUGCCUCAAAUAGCACAGGCCCACCGCCGAUUAAUCGAGCAACACGAACGAUGUCCAGCUCACCCACACCACUGUCUACAGGACCACCUCCAAUAGUACGAUCUACUCGACCUUCAUUAUCCGCACAAUCAUCGCAAUCAUCGUACCCAACACCUCCAAGUCUACCUGCGCGCAGCUCGUCGUCUGCAAUAAGCACGGAGAAGUCUUCACCUCCGGCCCUACCAUCUCGAACCGCUUCAGUUCAGCGUGAUCAGAUUCCGGAAGAACCGACAUUGAACUGGGCAGCUUUAUCUCAGGAUGAUAAAGAGGCAUUCUUUAGUUGGUUGGAUGAGUUUUUUGAGAAGUUCUACGGGAUCAAGGCCAGCUAG